UAUCAUCGCCACGCCAAAGAAAAGCUUGGAAUCUACUCCAAGUAUUCUUAAAGCAAAACCCUAACCCUAAAUUCUUUUGGUCUUUCUUCUCGAACAAACCCUCGAUCCUCGAUCGCUACUGUGAGAUUGGAUCGAUUUCUUCGAGCAGAAUUGGAGAGAACGGAAUCAGCAAACGAGCAGGCGGAUAUCGAACAAUGUCUGCGGCUGUGUGCGGCAAGAGAUCGUUCUUCGAAGAUCUCCCUGCAUCGCCACCCGCGGCGUCGCCGCCUGUUUCGAAGAGGCUCCGCUGCUCCUCGUCUACCUCUCCGGUCCGGUUCUCCGCCGCGCCCACUCUCGUCGAUCAGCUCAGAGCUCUCUUCCCUGGCAUGGACGAUCAGUUACUUGAAAAGGUGCUAGAUGAAUGUGGUAAUGAUUUAAAUGCUGCUAUCGAGAGCUUGCAUAAACUUUCUCUUGGAUAUGGAGCAGGAAUUUCUGAUUUUGCUGAGGAAUCAAAUGCAAAUAUGGAGAAAGGUACAGCAACCACUGAAGGAGAUACAGCUCUUUCUGCUGAUCCUUCUGUUGAAAACAAUCUUCACAUGGAUGGUGCAGAGUGGGUGGAGUUAUUUGUGAGGGAAAUGAUGAGUGCUACUAGCAUAGAUGAUGCUAGAUUACGUGCCACAAAAGUGCUGAAGAGUUUAGAGAAGUCUAUUAGUGGGCGAGCUGGUGCUGAUGCAGCGGAAAGUUAUCAUAAGGAGAACAUGAUGCUCAAGGAACAUAUGGAGUCACUGCUCCGGGAGAACACCAUUCUCAAACGAGCCGUUGCCAUCCAGCAUGAACGUCAAAAAGAGUACGAAGACAGGAACCAAGAGGUGCAGCAUUUGAAGCAGUUGGUGUCUCAGUAUCAGGAGCAAUUGAGAACACUUGAGGUGAACAACUAUGCACUGACAAUGCAUUUGCGUCAGGCUCAACAAAACAACUCUAUUCCUGGACGCUUCAACCCCGAUGUCUUCUAAUGAGGAUAAGAAUAUGUAUGCCAACAGAGAGAGAGAGAGAGAGAGAGAGCUUUUCCUUUAGGAUCAGUGAUCAAAACAUAGGAUGAUGAUGAUGAUGGUGGAUGAUGUUUGGCAAAAGAAAUCAGGGUUUGCGUUGUGUUGUGUAAGGGACUAGGUUUGCAAGCUAAGUAAGGUUAGGCUGGUGUAUUUUUUCCCAUUUGAUGAUGCUAUCCCAUUUCAAAGUGGUAUGGGGUUGUCACAGGGAUGAAUACCAAUACCACCGCGCUCAACAUUCAUAUGACUAUGAGAGGGAGAGAGAAGAUAACCUCAAUUUUGAUCAGGAAAUUGGGGGUCUCACGCUGUACUACAUACAUGUAUUGGUGUUAUCUAUCUCUAGCUAUGGAGAUCUGGCGUGCUAUAUUUUUUACAGUUCAAAUUUCAUGAAAUAAUAAUAAUAAUAAAAAAAAGGGUGCUACUGUGGUGUUCGAUAUUA